GCCUAGAAUUGGUCUUGUGAGUUAUUCUAGAAGUGAGAUACUAAAUCGUGUUGUUUGCCGAUGGAUAUUGUGGGGAUUCUCUGUGUACUCAGUACAUUAUUGCGGGUGGCAAUAGCAAGUGAAGACUUGUUUCUGACUUUGUCUGAUGAUGUUGAUGAUGUGAUUCAUACUAAACAUAUUCUGAUCACUGAUGUUAGCCAGAGCAGUGGAGAUACACUCAUCUGUUGGUCAACUGGAGAUCAAGUUCAAAGAUACUUCAGUUGGUUUCACCAGUUUAUAGGAAGUGAAGGAUUGACUGUACUUCCAAAGAUUACCGAAAACAAACCCAGCUAUUUUGGAUGGAAGAGUGAAAUAGGGAUUAAUAACAAGCUUACUCUACUAAGAGAAAUUGGUUCGGUUCCCAUUGAGGGAGUUUUCACCUGCAGUGUUGGAAAGGAACAAACUAUAGACAUUUCUAAGGCAGUCUCUGUGGGGAUUCAUUAUCCAAGUAAGAUCUUUCUGUCUUUUUUACUCAUACACUCAUCA